UGAUGAUAUAUGAUGUUUGCUAAGCCAAAUAGUAUAUUAAUAAUAAGAUCACCCAGAAAGUAAAAAAAUGAACAAGCCGAUGAGCCAGCUAAGCCCAGCCUUAGCCGCUCGUCUGAGCGUCCCUGACGGACAAAAUGAUCAACGGCGUGGUGGUAGUGAUUACAGCAAGCUUCGCGGGGUAAUCCGCACUCAGAAGGACCAGAUGCAGGUCCUAGAGAACGAGAAUGCCCACUACAAGUCGCGGCUGCACCGAAUAGAGGACGGCCACCGCCUAGAGCUGGCUCGACUCAAGAAGGAGGUCGAGUACCACAAGCGGCUGCGACAGGGUGCCGACCAGCGCUCCUACGAGUUGGAGGACCGCCUAGGCCGCCUGCAGCAGCAGCUGCAGCGCCAGCAGCAGCAACACCAGGAGCAGCAGCAGCAGGCGGCCGCUGCCUCCUCCUCUGCGCCUGCCCCUCCGUCGCCCCCGCCCCACCCGCCCCACCACCACCCGCAUCACGACGAGGAGAAGGACGGGCUGAUCGCGCAGAGCCAGCUGCUGGUGGCUAAGAACAGCGAGCUGACCACACGCUGCAGACUGCUGGAGUCGCAGGUGUUGCAGCUGGAGGAGCUCAAGGCGGCGCUGGAGAGUGAGCUCAACCAGGCCUACUGCGAGCGAGACGAGCUGGCGGGGGAGCUGGAGAGGGUGCUGACGCGGCAGCACUACCGCAACUUGGCUGCUCCAGUGGGAGGCGAGGGCGAGGCGGAGGAGGGCGAGGAGGGCGCCUCCUCAAACGGCGUCAGCUCGCCAGCGGAUAGCGGCGGCGACGGCGGCAGCGGCACCGCAGUCGGCGGCAGCACAGGGGGGGCCGCGAGCGGAGGCGGUGCGGGGGACGGCAGUGGCGGUGGCGGUGGCGGUGCGGAGUGCCCGGCCGACCCGGCUGCUAGCCACUAGCCACUAAAGGCACAGGGAUGAUGAGUGGAGUACUACUUGCGGUUUGUCGCGGUACAUGGAAAAGGGAGGAGGAGGAGGAGGAGGAGGAGGAGGGGGGUACAUGCCGGUGCAGCAUGGGGGCGAUGUGGGUGCCAGAUAGGGCGGCACAGUAUUGGGGCGAAUAGAUGCGCGCAAAGUAGAACCGCUAGGUGGGGUGUGGAGUGGCUGCAGCGGUUGUACGGGUAGCAGCAGCAGCAGGUGGUGGUAGGGCAGGAGAUUGAUGGAAGCGAAAGAGUGCAGUUUGAAAGCCGCGGGUGUGCUGUGCUUCAGUUUCUUUCUACUUCCCAUUUGUGCAUUUGAGCAGGAGCGAGAGCAGUGGAGCUGUUCAGUGGAUGCUGCUGAGGAUGUGCAUAUACGCUGUAUGAAUCAGGGUAGCAGGGGUUGGCAGGCGGUAACGUCACGCUUGUAUUCCGGAUACACUUUGCAGGGCUUUGGGAGGGCGCCGUGUUUACCGUUUGGUUUGGGUUAGGGGCUCCUUCCCCUCGUUCAGGGGUCUAGGCAAAAUCGCUAAGCGUUCCGUCCGCACGUGCAGCAGGUUUGAGCAUGUUCAGUGGGGGCAGUGGCGGACCCGGUUCGUACCCACAAUGCAUGGUUCCGGUUGUGUUGCAGAGAAAUGCAGCUGGUGUCUCGUCCUUCGGAGCGUUGCGAGAAUGGUAUGGCAGGUGCAGCGGUGAGGAGCGGUGGGUGAAAACGUCCUCGGCGUAUACGCCUAUGCACGGCACGUAAUCGAUUGUGGAGGCGCUGUGUAUGGCUUAUCUUACCACCACCCACCCAACUUUCACAUUACUUUCGCCAUAUACCGGUACUCGUUGCUCUGGCAUAUAUGUGCGUAUGUACGGUAGGCAGAGACCUUUUAUAUAGUACGACACAUACGUGGUGUCGUACAUGUAAGCAUACACGAGACUAA